AUGCUCGCCCCGCCAUUUUCUACUCGAGUAGUGUCAACCAAGAAUAAAGUUAAUUCACUCAGGAGGAGCAACUUAACUACUGUGCUGCUACUACGAUACCACACUCGCUAUCUUUCAUACCCACACCGGUACGAAGAAAAGAGAGAAGCGGGACACAAAAAUGGGAGUCGAAGAACAACUUCAAGAGAUAGAGGUUUUGCAAUCCAUUUACCCCGAUGAGCUCACUCAAAUAUCGGACACCUCAUACACCAUUCGUCUAGCCCUUGAGCCGCUUAGUAUUCCCGGCCAGGAUCAUGAACCCCCUAUCCUCAUGCUCCACGUCGAAUACCCCACAACAUAUCCCGACGUUCCCCCCACCCUCGAUCUAACCCUUGACGCCAACUCCCCAUCCUCAAGCCUCUCAUUCCCGGACGACAAGAACACCCUCUUAUCCGCGCUCUCCCCCACCAUUGACGAAAAUCUCGGCAUGGAAAUGAUCUUCACACUCACCACCACUCUGAAGGAGUCCGCGGAGGAGAUGCUCAACACCCGCGCUCAGGAGAAGGAGAAUAAGCGCGAAGAGGAGCUUCGAAGAGAGGAGGAGAAGGAGAUGGAGAAAUUUAGGGGAACCUUGGUCACGAAGGAGAGGUUUAUGGAGUGGAGGGAUAAGUUCUUUGCCGAGAUAGAGGAGAAUAAGCGGAGAGAGAAGGAGAAGGAGGAUGAGGAGAAGAGCAAGAGGGGUGGUAGUGGGGGAAGUGCGGCUAAGGAGAAGAGGAUGACCGGCAGAGAACUCUACGAAAAAGGCUUGGUCGGCAAUGUCGAAGACGAAACCGAAGACGGAGAAGCAGUAGAUCUAUCACAGUUGAAAGUGAAGGAG